AUGGUGGGCGCAUUUCCAGUAUUCAAAUUAGGAGUUCUUGCAGUAAAGCAGAUUAGCCGUCCUAUUGCAAAUCGUCUUAAACAAAGGGCCACAGUUAACGGCUUUUUCCGCGCCUAUGUUUGUAUUCCUUCCGGCCAAUUUUAUCACUUUUGGGACACGCGGCUUAAGCUUCAGUUGCUGGGUUUAGGCAAGCCAAAAGAGGUCAAGAAGCUAACAGAUGAGAAUGCCGCAGAAAUUGGUGCCGGUAUUCUCGGUGAAGUUAUUAUAUUCAGCAUCGGAACCUUCCUUAUCUAUCUCGAAUAUCGACGACAGGCUAGAAAUGAGACCUUGAAGGAAUGCAAAGCUCGCUCCGAUGUGGAAACGCUCCAAGAAGCUGUAAAAAAUCUCGAAUCCCGAGUGGCUUCACAAUCUGAAGCUAUUUACCAGAUGUCAAAGCAACUCGAAAGUGUAAAGUAG